UUAAAGAAAAGUAAAAGAAUUGAAAGUGGUUUGUGUAACCAUGUCGAUCUCGAACUAUAGAUUGCAGACCAAGGUGCGCCUGCAGCCGCUGGUGCUCUUCCAGAUUAUUUCCGCCUACGAGCGCCGCCCGAAGACGGCCAAAAUGGUCGUGGGCACGCUGCUGGGACGUCGCGACAGAUGCAACGACACCAUUGACAUCACCAAUUGUUAUGCGGUGCAUCACAAGGAGCAGCAGAUUGGCGACAUGGAGCAGUUCAAGCUGGACACUGGGUACGUCGGCGAGAUGUUCGAUCUGAAUCAGGUCACCUAUCCGCAGGAGAAGAUCAUCGGCUGGUACACCACCGGGAGGACGCUCUCCCGUUCGGCGGCGGCCCUGCACGCCUUCUACUCGCGGGAGUGCGGGGAUAUGCAGCCGCUGCAUCUGCUGGUGGAUACAUCACUGAGGGGCGGUCGUCUGACCACACGCCUCUAUUGCGCCGUCACGAUGGGCGUGCCGGGCGGCACUCGAGGCCUGCUAUUCACACACUUGCCGCUGCUCAAAGUCAGUACAGAGGGCGAUGAGGAGGUCGCUCUGCGUCUCAUGCAGAACCAGGCGCUGCAUCCCACCAAGCAGCUGGGCCGCAUGCUGCCCGAGCUGGUGCACGUGCUGGAGGCCACACGAGAGCUGGAGCAGAAACUGGAUCUGGUGAUGCGCUAUAUCAACGAUGUGCUCUCACGCAAACGCCGUCCGGACAAUAACAUUGGGCGUGCCCUGCACGAGGCGUUGACAUCGGUGCCGAUGCUGGACGCGGACAGCUUUCGUACCAUGUUCAAUGCGAAUGUUCGCAAUAUGCUCAUGAGCAUUACACUCGCCAGCAUGAUCAAGACCCAAAUGGAGCUGAGCGAGAAGCUCUCCUAUUUGCCAGAUAAUUAAAGACUGUCAAUUUUCUGAA